CUGCCCACUGAUCCUGAGCUGGAAGCAGUUUCCAGUCGGACAUAUUUAAUGAAACACAGCUCGGUUCACGUGGGCACUGUGCUGCAGAAGAGAUUAAAAUGCCAAAGAGGAGCAAAGAGAAGCCGCUGAAGAGACGGAGCAGCGAGGAGGAGCUGCUCCCUAAACAGAGCAGGGUCGAGCACAGCGCCCCCCACUCCCCCCUGAGCUUCCUCAGCCCCAGCAGCCUGUUUGAGAGCCUCAUCCAGCCCAUGGGGCCGGAGCAGUUCUUCAGCGAGUACUGGGAGAAGAAGCCCCUCCACCUGCAGAGGUCUGACCCCACCACAGCCUCCUACUACCAGUCUCUGUUCCAGCUCUCCGACCUGCAGAGCCUCUGUUCCCACGACCUCGAAUACUACACGGACGUCAACGUGGUUCGCUGCAUCAACGGCAAGAAAAAAGAUCUCAACAAGCAGGGGAAAGUUAAGAGCAGCGUCCUCAACAAGAGCUUUACUCAGAAUAAGGCCACCAUCCAGUUCCACCAGCCGCAGAGGUUCAAGGAUGAGCUGUGGAAGAUUCAGGAGAAGCUGGAGUGUUUCUUCGGAGGCUUGGUGGGAUCAAACGUCUACAUCACACCUCAGGAGUCCCAGGGCCUCCCAGCUCACUAUGAUGACGUCGAGGUGUUCAUCCUGCAGCUGGAGGGACAGAAGAACUGGCUCCUCUACAACCCCACCGUUCCUCUGGCAGCAGAGUACUGCGUGGAGUCAGAGGAGAGGAUCGGCAGCCCCUCACAUGAAAUUACACUGAAGGCAGGAGAUCUUCUGUACUUCCCCAGAGGAACCAUCCAUCAGGCCAGCACACCAGCGGGGGGGGAGCACUCCACCCACCUGACCCUCAGCACCUAUCAGAGAAUGUCGUGGGGAGAUCUGCUGCUGGACGUGUUUCCCAGCGUGCUGUCGGACCGCAGCAAGAGGGAAGUCAGCCUGAGAGGAGGCAUGCCCAGAAGGUUCUUACUGGGUGAUGGGGCAGGACAGGACACCAGCAGGCAGAUGGCCUCUCUGCUCAGAUCUCUGGCUGAGGAAAUAGAAACGGGGAAGCAGGAGGUCCGCUCCACCCACAUGAAGAGAGACUUCAUCACCAACAGACUGCCCCCCCACAGCCAGGAGGACCUGCUGACACCAUCUGGAAGGAUUCCUGCCCUGGAGGAUACAGUAUGUCUGAUGCACAAAGACCACAUGGUGAUAACAGUGGAGCCCAGCCAGGAGAGAACGGAUGAGGCCUCAGAGAUGGUAGUCUUUGUCUUACAUUCUUUGAAGAACCAGAGGGAGAACCACAUGAUGGGUGAAAGUGGUGAUGAAGAAGAGGAAGAGGACAUUUCCAGGGGCCUGCAGUUCCCCCUGUCCCACCUGCAGGCGCUGCUGCAGCUGCAGAAGGCGGAGCAGCUGACUGUGGAUCAGCUGCAGCUGCCCACAGCAGAGGAGAAGUGCAGUCUGGUGCUGGCUCUGUGGAGCGAGAGCCUGCUGGAGGUGCUAUAGCAAACCACAUUAAAUCCACAUCUGUUGAUCUUUAUAAAUAAUAAAUAUUUCUCUUUGUCUUAUUAAUGGCUCGUCCUGAAUAAAGAUGUCACACCUCCAGGAGUGGAAAGUCAUUUUUAUUCCUAAUAGCAAUACUAAGCAAUUAGUUCAACAGCUCCUCCAUUUAGAUCCAAAUCUUCAGUACAUCUUUGUUUCUGCAAUUGAGAGCACAAGUUUUGAUGUCAGGUCCGUUCUAGUCUCUUUUCCUCCGUUGCACAACAUCUUGUAACUCUAUACAAACUCUUGUUCAGCAUUCCUAAAUAUAAUGUACUGUGUGCCUGGAUUAAAAAAAGUAUCUGCA